GCCGCUGCAGCUCCUCGCGUCCCUCCCUCCCUUCCCCGCCGCGCGCGCCCAUGGCGGUCGCCGGCCAGCUGUGCCUGCUCUACCUGUCCGCGGGGCUUCUGGCCCGUCUGGGCGCAGCCUUCAACCUGGACACCCGCGAGGAGAACGUGAUCCGGAAAUCGGGGGAUCCCGGGAGCCUCUUCGGCUUCUCGCUCGCCAUGCACUGGCAGCUGAAGCCGGAGGACAAGCGCCUGUUGCUGGUGGGGGCACCUCGGGCAGAAGCACUUCCGCUACAGAGGGCGAACAGGACAGGGGGCCUGUACAGCUGUGACAUCACCUCCCGGGGACCUUGCACACGGAUUGAGUUUGAUAAUGAUGCCGAUCCCAUGUCAGAAAGCAAGGAAGAUCAGUGGAUGGGGGUCACUGUCCAGAGUCAGGGUCCCGGAGGCAAAGUGGUGACGUGUGCACACCGUUACGAAAAGCGUCAGCACGUGAACACAAAGCAGGAGUCGCGAGACAUCUUCGGAAGGUGUUACGUCCUCAGUCAGAAUCUCAAGAUCGAAGACGAUAUGGAUGGGGGAGACUGGAGUUUCUGUGAUGGCCGGUUGAGAGGCCAUGAAAAGUUUGGCUCUUGCCAGCAAGGGGUAGCAGCCACCUUCACUAAAGACUUCCAUUACAUUGUGUUCGGAGCCCCGGGUACUUACAACUGGAAAGGGAUUGUCCGCGUAGAGCAAAAGAAUAACACUUUUUUUGACAUGAACAUCUUUGAAGAUGGGCCCUAUGAAGUUGGUGGAGAGACUGACCAUGACGAAAGUCUUGUGCCCGUUCCUGCCAACAGUUAUCUAGGCUUUUCAUUGGACUCAGGGAAGGGUAUUGUUUCUAAAGAUGACAUCACUUUUGUUUCUGGUGCUCCAAGAGCCAAUCACAGCGGGGCUGUAGUUCUGCUAAAAAGAGACAUGAAGUCCGCCCACCUUCUCCCUGAGUAUAUAUUCGAUGGAGAAGGCCUGGCUUCCUCGUUUGGCUAUGAUGUGGCGGUGGUGGACCUCAACGCAGAUGGGUGGCAAGACAUAGUUAUUGGAGCUCCACAGUACUUUGACAGGGGUGGUGAAGUUGGAGGUGCCGUGUAUGUCUACAUUAACCAGCAAGGCAGAUGGAGUAACGUGAAGCCCAUUCGUCUUAAUGGGACCAAAGAUUCUAUGUUUGGAAUUUCAGUAAAAAAUAUCGGCGAUAUUAAUCAAGAUGGCUAUCCAGAUAUUGCUGUUGGAGCGCCCUAUGAUGAUCUGGGGAAGGUUUUUAUCUAUCAUGGAUCCCCAACUGGCAUAAAUACCAAACCAACACAGGUUCUUGAGGGCACGUCGCCUUACUUUGGCUACUCGAUCGCUGGGAACAUGGACCUGGAUAGGAAUUCCUACCCUGAUGUGGCUGUUGGCUCCCUCUCAGACUCAGUGACUAUUUUCAGAUCCCGGCCUGUGAUUAACAUCCUGAAAACCAUCACAGUGACCCCUAACAGAAUUGACCUCCGCCAGAAAUCCCUGUGCGGGUCACCUAGCGGGAUAUGCCUCAAGGUUAAAGCCUGUUUUGAAUAUACUGCGAAGCCCUCUGGUUAUAAUCCUCCAAUAUCGAUUCUGGGUAUACUUGAAGCUGAAAAGGAAAGAAGAAAGUCUGGUCUGUCGUCACGGGUUCAGUUUCGAAACCAAGGUUCCGAGCCCAGGUAUACUCAGGAGCUAACCCUGAACAGGCAGAAUCAGCGGGCAUGCAUGGAGGAGACCCUUUGGCUACAGGAAAACAUCAGAGACAAGCUGCGCCUUCCCAUCACUGCUUCUGUGGAGAUCCAGGAGACCAGCGCUCGCCGGCGGGUGAAUUCACUUCCGGAAGUUCUUCCCAUCUUGAACUCAAAUGAUGCCAAAACUGUCCAGGCAGAUGUACACUUCCUGAAGGAGGGGUGUGGAGACGACAACGUCUGUAACAGCAACCUUAAGCUAGAGUAUAAAUUCUGUACCCGGGAAGGCAGUCAGGACAAAUUCUCCUACCUUCCAAUUCAGAAAGGCAUCCCAGAAUUAGUCCUGAAAGAUCAAAAGGAUAUCGCUCUGGAAAUAACAGUGACCAACGGCCCUUCCGAUCCACGGAAUCCCAGAAAAGACGGUGACGACGCUCACGAGGCCAAGCUCGUUGCCACGUUCCCAGACACUCUCACGUACUCGGCGUACAGAGAACUGAGGGCCUUCCCUGAGAAGCAGCUGAGCUGUGUCGCCAACCAGAACGGUUCCCAGGCUGACUGUGAGCUCGGGAAUCCUUUCAAGAGAAAUUCCAGUGUUACUUUUUAUCUGAUUUUAAGUACAACCGAGGUCACCUUUGACACCACAGAUCUGGAUAUUAAUCUGAAGUUGGAAACAACAAGCAAUCAAGAUAAUUUGGCUCCAAUUACCGCGAAAGCAAAAGUGGUUAUUGAACUGCUUUUAUCGGUCUCCGGAGUUGCCAAACCUUCACAGGUGUAUUUUGGAGGUACAGUUGUUGGUGAGCAAGCUAUGAAAUCGGAAGACGAUGUAGGAAGUUUAAUAGAGUAUGAAUUCAGGGUGAUUAACUUAGGUAAACCUCUUAAAAACCUCGGCACGGCGACCUUGAAUAUACAGUGGCCCAAGGAAAUUAACAACGGCAAGUGGUUGCUUUAUUUGGUGAAAGUGGAAUCCAAAGGGUUGGAGCAGAUCAUCUGCGAGCCACACAGUGAAAUAAACUACCUGAAGCUGAAGGAGUCUCACAACUCAAGAAAGAAACGGGAAAUUCCUGAAAAGCAAAUAGAUGACAGCAGGAAGUUUUCUUUAUUUUCUGAACGGAAAUACCAGACCCUCAACUGCAGCGUCAACGUGAGGUGUGUGAACAUCCGGUGUCCGCUGCGCGGGCUGGACAGUAAAGCCUCUCUGGUCCUGCGCUCCAGGCUGUGGAACAGUACGUUCCUAGAGGAGUAUUCCAAGCUGAACUACUUGGACAUUCUCGUGCGGGCUUCCAUCGACGUGACAGCUGCCGCUCAGAAUAUCAAGCUGCCUCAUGCAGGCACUCAGGUUCGUGUGACGGUGUUUCCCUCAAAGACUGUAGCUCAGUAUUCAGGGAUAGCUUGGUGGAUCAUCCUCCUGGCUGUCCUCGCUGGGAUUUUGAUGCUGGCUCUGUUAGUGUUUUUACUGUGGAAGUGUGGAUUCUUUAAGCGCUCCAGGUACGACGACAGCGUCCCCCGAUACCAUGCUGUCCGGAUCCGGAAAGAAGAGCGCGAGAUCAAAGAUGAAAAACACAUUGAUAAUAACCUCGAAAAAAAGCAGUGGAUCACAAAGUGGAAUGAAAAUGAAAGUUACUCCUAGAGGGGCCAGGAAAGCGUCCCACUACCCCACAUCCCGUUUAUUUUUCCCAACUCAGAAAUUCAGUGGGUCCGAAGGCUGCUCGGCACCCACAGUGUGGUUGCAGACCACCGACACCGUGUGGACCCACCGUUUCCGUGGUGGAUAUUGUUACACCCAAGGCUCCUGUUUUGCACAGCCAAAUUUAAGACUUUUUGUGUGGAUUUUUCUUUGACUGCCUUAAUUUAACUUUCCAGAUUGCCUUUGUUUUUGGUGUGACUGGCUUACAUUACAUAUACUGGGGCAGGGUCUGCCCAUCUGCACUCCUGGGGUGUUCUCUCCUCAUAGCACAGGAGGAGGAAGCCCCCACCAUCAUCCGGGCUCAUGAGUGGCCAUCCCGGUCUGCCCCCCGCAAGCAUCCUUCUCGUAAGAUCGGAGAACCUGCAAGUCAAUUGCCCCUUGGCUCAAGACUGCCAUUGGAUAGCUGUGUCUCUGUUGAAAGUUCUGUCCUAAGUGUGCAAUAGAAGGUGAUGUUGCCAUCUUGCCUUCUCUCUCCAUUUCCUAAAUGAGGAUCCUUGCUGAUGCCAAGCGCACACAGGUUCCUUCUCCCUCGUCACUGAAGCACAGGUGUGACAGACUUGAGUGCUAGUUACACUUGUUGAUAUAUAUUUAUUUUUCUUCUUCAAGCCAUCUUGCUAUUGACUAAUAGGCCAAAGAUGCUUCAGGUUGGUUUAAGCAAUCAGAAUGAAAACCUGGGAGGUCAUUUGUUCUGACCUUGAGUAUUUACCGAAAAAAGAAAGUUCUUUAUAAACAUGCAAGGGUUGUUUUAAUCACUUAAACUUAUCUGCAGAUGAUACCAUCUCCUUUCUGGCAGGCUCUCCCUCAACCCAGAAAGUCUGACAAAGGGUCGAAUGUAAGAUGUUUCAUCCUUACCCAGCAUUUGUUCCAUGGUUUUGAGCCCUGUGUGGAACUUGUGAACUUCGUGCUGUAACUUUCAGAACUCUUAGAGGAAGUGAGUUUGCUCCUUGAACUCUAGGGUCUGUGUGCUCACUGCUGUCAACACUGUAUGUUCAGGACUUGAAGUGAGUGCGUGUGUGGAUCCAGACCAAUCCAGUGUGAGACUACUGAAGAGCAUCUGUUGCCAAAACAGCUGUACCAGACAGAUGGAGGGCCACGGCGCUUAGCUUCAUAAAUAACAUCGGGACCAUUCAACCAGGGAGUCCAUGUUCAAGUUUGUUAAAUUGUUCACCCCAAUCUAAGUUCCUCCAGAUGACUUGUGACUACUUUAACAAGACCUUUAAGCCUAAAGCAGGAGUUUUAGCUCGUUGCUAGAGUGCUUGCCUAGCAUGCCCAGGCCUACUUGGUUUUUGUUUGCUAACGUGAUAGGAGGGGGAAACAGUUAUUUCUCUAUAUAUUCAACAGAGAUUGAAUAUAUUAUCAAAGCUGAUUUUUUUUUAAAAUUGUGCUUUAAAAUAAGUUAUAUGGAAGCAGCAACAAAGAGGUGCUAAUUUGUUUGGAUAUUGUAUAAGCAGUUCUCUGUCUUUUUCAAAACUGGGUCUCAAGUAACCCAGGCCGGCCUUGAACUUCUUAAGUAGCUGGGGACAGCCUUGAACUUCUGAUCCUCCUGCCUCUCCUCCUUGACCCCCACCCCCAGGGCUGGGAUUGGAGGUGUUUGCCACCACACUCAGUUUUAUGCAGUGCUUGAGAUGCUGGCACUUUGUGCAUGCUAGGCUAGCACUCUUCCAACUGAGCUAUAAUCCAAGUCAUUUCUCAGUCUUUUAAAAGAACAAAACAUUGCUAAAUGUACCAUUGUUGCUUUGGAGUUUUAAUUCUUUUUUUUUUUUUUUUCUCUUUCAUAAAACAUUAUACCCUUAAGAUAUUAAAAACUUUUAUUCUGGUUCUACUUUGGCAUUUUCACUCAUAAAAAUAAUUUUACAAAUGAUACCUUGUUUACAAAAAGUUCUCUACCACGGGUCCUAAUAGCGUUUAAAGUCUCAGUUUCUUGCUUGGGUAACUUGGAGCCAGACGUACUGGCUUUGGAGGACACGACGAAGAAGCUGGUAUCUUGACAAUGUCUGUAGACCUCUGUUAUAGAAAUGAAUGUCCAGAAGAGGGUUGGGGGGGGGCAGGGGGAGGCAACAGCAGAGAAACAAGAAUGUGAUGUCGUUUAAAUUUAUAGUUGUUAAAAAUGUCAUCUCAAGUCAAGUCACUGGUCUGUUUGCAUUUGAUAGGUUUUUAUACUAACUAGCAUUGUAAAAUUAUUUCAUAAUUAGAAAAUACCUGUGGAUAUUUGUAUAAAAGUGUGAAAUAAAUUUUUUAUGAAAGUGUUCAUGCUUAUUAACACAGCAUUAUGUAUGUGAAGCAAACUCUAAAUUAUAAAUGACAACCUGAGUUGCCUUUCUUUGUAUCUUAUCAAAGCCAAAGUAAAGUUUGCAAUAUUU